AUCUUUGUCUUUCAUUACCACAGCGUUCUAAUACGUAGCAAUCUGAAAUGGGUGCCAAUGUUUUAUUACAAAAAUGCCAUACUCAUGUUUCAAGAAAUGAGAUCUUUCAAUCACCGAUACUGGCUUGUAAAAAUAGGCUGAUCUAUAAUCGACUUCUUCAUUUUCUGUUUCUGUUUCGUGUUCAUUUUCAUUCUGUGAAACAGUUGCUGUUGCUGAAUUACGAUUUAACUUCCUUGUUGACAUGGAACCGUUUGAAACAACACACAUUUCUUUGUCAUGGAGGUAGAGUGGAAUAUUCAAUUCAAGAUUUUUUGGCUCACAUACACACUGUCAUCAGUUACAGUAUCAGCGGCUGAUCCAGGAACACUUUUUGCAAAUGAAACAAAGUCAUCACCAAGUCACGUGACAUCGCUAAAAGGCUCAUCACUGUGGUUAACAUGGGGAUAUGAGUAUGGAGGUGAUAUUCCCGGAAUAAUAAUCUACAGAGAGCAAAUAAUUGGUUUUAGCAGUUCUUUACAGGCAGCACUGCAACCUGUUGCAAAGAGGACAGGAGCAAAUGGUGCUCUUCAGCUUGUGCCAACUGUUCCAGCACCAUUCUCUGGAAGGCUCAAAGUAAUACCAUCCAACGAUACACUGGUGAUCAGUAGAUUGAAGUAUAAUGACACUGCUUACCAAUUUGCAUCAUAUGUUAUUACAGAUAUUUACGCAGGCGGUUCAAGCACCUCAGUUAAAGGUGACCUCAGACCAGCUGUCCGAAUUACAGUCAAUGGGGUGCCAGAAUUCGUCACAUCACCUCCAGCUACAAUUGAAGUGAAUGAAAAUUCAAAUUUAGAAAUAGCAAUUGAAAUGGAUGGAAACCCUGCGCCAUCAGCUGAUUUUCUUUGGCCUCAUCUUGGUGAUGGUGGGACAACUGUUGCCGGUAUCCAAAUUUACCCGUAUGUUUAUUCAGCAAAGUUUUCACAUCCAAAUAUAGCGGCUACUUUUUGUGGAAGGAUAUUGAAAUUUUCAAUGAAGAACAGUGCUGGAUCGUCAUUUGCCAGAGACACAAAUGUCACUGUUUUACUGAAACUUGACGGCAAUCCGAAUUUGCAAGCAGGAAAGAUAAUCGUAGACAGUUGUGUCGAAGCGAAAUGGACGAAGGCCGAAUCUGGGGCUUGUCACGUGAAAUACGAACUGAGAUUGAAGGAUGCCUUAGGGAUUGUUGUUUAUACUGAAACUGGAUAUAACAUCAAUGAAAUAAAGAAAUGCAAGAUUCCAGGAAAUGUGAAUAUCACUGAUGUUGAAAUGACGAUGAGUUUCAAAACUAUUUCAAAGAUCUACACUGCCAAAGUCUCAGAAGCACCUAUCCCAAGAACACUACCGCCGACCACUACAUUAAAAACUUCAAAAACACCGGUACCAAGUUCAAGUGAACCAACAACGAGAACAGACACGACCCACAAAUCAACAGUUAAAGAGAAGACAAGUGUUCAGCCAACAGCAUGUAAAGAAAAACAAGUGAAUAGCGAUGAAGAGAAAGACAACAUAAUCAUAGCGCUUUCAGUAGUGGUUGCGGUCUUACUCAUUGCCAUGGCAACAAUGGUGACCUGUCUCAUCAGAAAAAAAGGGAAACAAACACAAGGAAUGUACAGCCAAAAGAGACACAUUACAUGGAUCUUCAGGGACAAAUUGCAAAAUCAGAUUCAACUUACGCAGGCUUGCAAUCACCAUACGAAGAAAUACACGAUGCUGCUCGGAAUUAUGAAAAUACGAAGCACCUUUCAAGCGUUUUAUGAGCUCAAACUGCACAUAUUUCUUAUUAUUUUGGGUUCUUAGAUAAUCAUAAUCUUCUGUAAUCUUGUCAAUAUGAAAUUAUUUGAUCGAUAUUUUUUCAUAUCUUCUAAACCUAAGUAUAAAUUAUUGUUGGUUUAUAUAGAAAUCGGAUAACCUUUUUAAUAAUCAUAAACUUAAUAAUUAAAGAUUGGAAGAGACAAAUGGAAAGAAGUUUCUUGAAUGGCAUUUUGUUGCUGAUCUUUUACCAAGAUCGAAAAUAGUACUUACCUUGAACAAUGCUAAAAUUUGUUCUACGCCAAAGCAGUCAACAAGAAUAAUUUCUUGAAAAUGUUGUAUUUUAUCUUUCACUCAACGAACCAAAUAUGAAGUUCUAGUCUGUUUUUUGAGACCUUCGUGAAUGACGUCUUUACAUGACAAUACUAAUCAGUCAAUGCGUGAAAUGAGUUCUCUAGCACGUGUGUACGCUCACAUUUAUUCUAUAACCAUUCCCCAUCUACAGACUACAGGGCUCAGGAUCCAUAAAGUUCCGAAAGGACACAGAAAAACAUCUUCGUUUUAUUCAGCUGCCUAUUUCUAUUUUAUCCUUAAAAAUUCGACUCAUCGUUAAUAAAAAGCAUUUUUCUAUCCCGUUUAUCUAUUUACUAUCGGCUCAAACCUUUGACUUUAAUUUCUUAAACCAUAUUUUGGUUGUUGCUAGAAAUUCGUCAAGAAUUUUUUUUUUCGUACAGAUUUAGUUCCUGUUCUAUUAUGUUGAAGAUCUUUUCACCAUUUUGAUUUCUUUCUUCCAACUCUACUUGUCACUUUAGUUGUUUGGUUUGCUAUAUUUUUACUUUUUACCUAUGUGCCACCUCUGUUCUCAACCAUUCUUUUUGUUAGUGUAUUCUGAGACAUUUAAGAAAGAUUAACUGACCAGCAAGAAAUACUAUAGACCAGCAAGUAUCUUGCCUGCUACUUUUAAAAUAUUGGAGAGAAUUAUUUUCAAUCAACUAUACACUUUUAUUUGUCAUCUGCUAUCCCGGUUCCAUUGUGGCUUUCAAUAAGGUUCUGGAACCUGACACACUCUAUAUCGAAUAUCUAGAAUUUUUCAAAUAUUUUGCUGAAAAUUGACAGGAGGGAAAUUGGUCUAUAAUUUGAUUUUUUGGUAGAGAGACCUUUCUUAAAUACUGGGAUCACUUUCGCAAUGUUAAGCUUAUUAGGAAAAAUACCAGUUUAAAAAGAUUCAUUGAUCAAAAUUGAUAGGUCAAUGGAAAUGUAGGGAUCUAGAAUUUUCAGCAAUUUGAUUGGGAUAUUAUUUGGAGCACUAGAUUUACCAUUUUUUAGAGAUUUUAUGACCUCUGAUACUUCAUCAGAGGUAGUCGGGAAAAUGAAGAAGGAAUCCUGAUUGGCUAGGUAAGAUAAAGGAGACCUUGGGCGUCUUGGGAUCUUCUGUGUGAUGUCAUUAGCAACACUUGUCAAGUAAUGAUUAAAUUGAUUAGCUAUUUUAACUGAAUCGUUAAUUUAGGAGCCGUCUUUUAUCUGUUAGUUAUGAGAUUGUGUCUAGUAGUUUGAUUUUAAGCUGACAAAUUCUUUAUACCUUUCCAAAGCAUUUUCAUAUUACUCUUGUUUUCAUCAAAAUAAUGAUAAUAGUAGUUUUUUUAGAUUCCUUGAGCUCAUUAACGAUACGGCUUCGAAAAAGUUCUAGUUAUUCUCCGAAGUUUCAAUCGAUCUAAAAUCGUUUCACGGAAGUAAAUAUGGGGAAACAAAACAGACAUA